UCAUCUCACACUAUAUUCUUCAUUUUCCCCUCACAUUUUCUCUCAACACGAUCUCUUUGGGUUCCUAAUAGAAAAAUAAAGCAACACAAGAACAAUGAGGGAUCCAAUCUUUCUCUCUUCUCCUCCCACAAUAUCACAACCAACAAUGAAGUUAUUACUCAAAAACAUAUUCCAAACCAUCACUAUUCUCCUCUCCCUCCUCUCACUCACCUCUGUCUCUAACUCCUUCCCUCUCUCCACAAGCUCGAGAUGGAUCAUCGACAAGAACUCGGGCCACCGGGUGAAACUAGCCUGCGUCAACUGGGCCGGACACCUCCACGACAUGGUGCCCGAAGGCCUCGAAAAAAAGCCGCUCAGACAGAUCGCGGCUUUCGUGGCCUCGAACGGGUACAACUGCGUGCGACUCACGUGGGCCACGUACAUGUUCACAAGGUCCAACUAUUCUAGCCUCAGUGUCACACAGUCUCUGGACCACUGGGGCCUGGUCCAGGCCAGGGAAGGCAUGGCUAAGAAUAAUCCGUGGAUCAUGGGCCUGACCCCUUUCGAGGCUCAAAGGGCUGUGGUUAAUGAGCUUGGGGCUCAUAAGGUUAUGGUGGUGUUGGAUAAUCAUGUUAGUUUGCCCAAGUGGUGUUGCGGUGGUAAAGAUGGAAAUGGAUUUUUUGGAGAUGAGUAUUUUGAUCCUGAUGAAUGGUUGCAAGGGUUGAGUAUGGUGGCUAAGCUGUAUAAAGGCAUAGAUACGGUAGUAGGAAUGAGCAUGCGAAACGAGCUUCGCGGACCGCAUCAAAACGAGAACGAUUGGUACAAAUACAUCCAAAUGGGCGCGACAACAAUCCACGCAGCAAACCCGGACGUGCUCGUGAUUGUCUCAGGGUUAUCCUACGACACCAAUCUCGGCUUCCUAAAGAAAAAGCCCUUGUCGUUGGGCUCGAACUUGGAAUCCAAGUUAGUCUACGAGGCCCAUUGGUACUCAUUCGGCGACCCAACGGAUCAGUGGAUGCUCCAAACCAACGGGUUCUGCGCAAAGAGAACCCGCUCGUUCAUGAGCGGGGCCGGGUUCCUAACUACUGGCCCGAACCCGGCUCCCUUGUUCUUGAGCGAGUUUGGUGUGGACCAGAGAGGGGUGAGCGAGAGAGACAACAGGUACUUGAGCUGCUUGUUGGGCUUUUUGGCCGAGAGAGAUUUGGAUUGGGCUUUGUGGACUCUGCAAGGGAGUUACAAGCUUAGGGAAGGGAAAGUUGGGAUGGAAGAGACCUUUGGGCUUGUGGACGCUAAUUGGGAUCAUCUUAGGAAUUCAACACUGCAAGAUAAGUUGAAACUUGUUCAACAGAUGACACAAGAUCCGAGUUCAAAAUGGCCGACGAACUACGUAAUGUUCCAUCCCCAAAGCGGCCGGUGUGCCAGGCUGGGAAGGCAGGGCCUCUGCUUAAGCAAUUGCCUGCAAACGAGCAAAUGGAGCUACGGCGGGAAUGGAACUCCAAUCCGUUUAACGGGUACCUCUCGGUGCCUGACGAUUGACGGCGAUGGGCUCCCUCCAAUUCUCUCCGAUGAUUGCUCGAGCCAGCGGAGUCGGUGGGAAUCGGUUUCUGAAUCCAAGUUUCACAUGGCAGCGCAAGAUGGAAGCGGGAGUAACUUGUGUUUGGAUUGGAGCUCUUCUAACUCCUCUGCUGUUCUUCUUACAAAGAAGUGCCUUUGCUUGGAUAAUGAUCUUAAGGAUGUCCCCAGUUGCGCUCAAAACCCACAAAAUCAGUGGUUUAAGCUUGUUCCAACAAAUAAAUAGUGAAAGUAUAAGCAAAAGUUUUUAAGA